UAAUUUUUCCUUCAUACGAUUCCUUAAAGUUGGGCAGCUAGGGUUUAUGUCAACAGUGAUGAGGCAUGCAGGCAUGGAAGAAAGGAGUUUGGCGUUCCAGCCUUAUUGUUGAUCAUCCUUUUCAGGAAUUCGGACUUCCAAGUCAAGUUGCCACGUUUUCAAAGAGUACACCAAGGAGAAGAAGUAAUGCUGAUGUUGGUAACAUGGAUAUUCGUUUUGCUGAGAUCAAUGGUCCUGUGGCAAUUGGCCUCUAUGAUAUCCCUGUUUUGAAGAUGAAUCCAUUGAAAUGGAUGGGGAUGGGGAUGGGGAUUACGAUGUCACUUCCAAGCUUUAGUGGCCAUACAGAGCAUAAACCCCAGCUUCUCAAGUACUCUUGCCAGAUUGAGUGCAGGGUGAAACCUACAUCUCCAGCUAGAGUUUUAUGGCUAUUGGACAGGAAACAUUCCUCUGAAUCCCAAAACGAGGAAUCUUCAACAAAAAGAGACGUGGGCACAGCAGUUAUGCUUUCUAAACCAAUAUUGGCCUUGGAGUUCAAUUGCUUGAAGAUGCAGGUUGAACCUCCUGUUGUAGUUUCAGGAAAACAUGGUUGAUGUUAAUCUCAUCAAUCUCAGUAACCCAUGUAGCAAAAACAGGGCCACGCCGCCUUUACUGCUAACGUGACCCCUUUGUAUUCUUGAUUCCACUUGAUGAUUCCCAAAAACAAAUAUAAAAGCAUAUCCCUACAAUUAACCAUGA